CCACAGCCUCACGGCCCGGGAGAGAGGGGGCGCGGAAGGAAGGAGGCGGGACGGUAUUACAAACAAAAAAAUACGGCCUUCUCGAGAAGCGACGGCGGAGGGCCCGCUCCUCCCAGAAGGCGGUGCAGCCUGCCCGGGCGAGCCACGCAGAGGGUUGUGGGGCGGAUAGCUCCCCUCCAGAUGGAGGCUCAUGAAGUAGGGUGGGCGGGGGACUCCAUAUCCCAGCGUGCCCCGCGGCGGGCCCUACCGGCCGCGACUCCGGGCUUGGCCCCGGCCCUAGCUCGUCGGCUGUGUACUGGGGCGCGUGGAGGCUGCAGUCACGGUGGCGCCCGCGGGGACGGAGGAGGGAAUGAGUGAAGAGGAGCAAGGCUCCGGCACUACCACGGGCUGCGGGCUGCCUAGUAUAGAGCAAAUGCUGGCCGCCAACCCAGGCAAGACCCCGAUCAGCCUUCUGCAGGAGUAUGGGACCAGAAUAGGGAAGACGCCUGUGUACGACCUUCUCAAAGCCGAGGGCCAAGCCCACCAGCCUAAUUUCACCUUCCGGGUCACCGUUGGCGACACCAGCUGCACUGGUCAGGGCCCCAGCAAGAAGGCAGCCAAGCACAAGGCAGCUGAGGUGGCCCUCAAACACCUCAAAGGGGGGAGCAUGCUGGAGCCGGCCCUGGAGGACAGCAGUUCUUUUUCUCCCCUAGACUCUUCACUGCCUGAGGACAUUCCGGUUUUUACUGCUGCAGCAGCUGCUACCCCAGUUCCAUCUGUUGUCCUAACCAGGAGCCCCCCCAUGGAACUGCAGCCCCCUGUCUCCCCUCAGCAGUCUGAGUGCAACCCCGUUGGUGCUCUGCAGGAGCUGGUGGUGCAGAAAGGCUGGCGGUUGCCGGAGUACACAGUGACCCAGGAGUCCGGGCCAGCCCACCGCAAAGAAUUCACCAUGACCUGUCGAGUGGAGCGUUUCAUUGAGAUUGGGAGUGGCACUUCCAAAAAAUUGGCAAAGCGGAAUGCGGCGGCCAAAAUGCUGCUUCGAGUGCACACGGUGCCUCUGGAUGCCCGGGAUGGCAAUGAGGUGGAGCCUGAUGAUGACCACUUCUCCAUUGGUGUGGGCUCUCGCCUGGAUGGUCUUCGAAACCGGGGCCCAGGUUGCACCUGGGAUUCUCUGCGAAAUUCAGUAGGAGAGAAGAUCCUGUCCCUCCGCAGUUGCUCCCUGGGCUCCCUGGGUGCCCUGGGCCCUGCCUGCUGCCGUGUCCUCAGUGAGCUCUCUGAGGAGCAGGCCUUUCAUGUCAGCUACCUGGAUAUUGAGGAGCUGAGCCUGAGUGGACUCUGCCAGUGCCUGGUGGAACUGUCCACCCAGCCGGCCACUGUGUGUCAUGGCUCUGCAACCACCAGGGAGGCAGCCCGUGGUGAGGCUGCCCGCCGUGCCCUGCAGUACCUCAAGAUCAUGGCAGGCAGCAAGUGAAGCCCCAGCUGGACUCAUGGAUAUGCACCCUUUGCUCCCUGCUCUUUCUGCCUCUGGGCUCAUGUAUCUGCGCAGCUCUGGUACCCUCUGUGGGUGCCAUCUCUACCUCUGACACAGACUGCCUGCCUUGAAGCUGAGAAGGCACAGGGCAAGGAGCCAAGGGCCACAGAGCCUCAGCCAGCCCAGGAUCUGUCCUCAUUCUAUUGGUGAUGAUGAAUGGGAAUGAAAUCAGGGGGCUGUCUAUUAGAGCCUGGAAUAAAUAUGCUGCUUUGUGGAUUUUUAA